AUGGAUGAGAGUAUUCCAAUGGCGGCGCACGACCACCAGCGAGUACACUACACUGAUCGCACCGAUGCUAUACAGGCCAGUACCGGAACCAAACUCGAUCGAUUGCAUGAUGUCGACAUCAUCCUUGAAAUUCUGGCAGCCGAUGACGCCGAGCUCAACUUGCCGAUGGAGUUGGUGAACGAAACAGCUAGAAAGCUAAGCAACCUCAUCGCUGGGGAUUGGCAUUGGCUCAACGUGAUCGAGAAGCUACAUGGGGACUCCAUAUCAGCUCGGUGGAAGAAGAGGUCGCCAGCGAAGCGUCGAGAGCUGCUUUGCACCAUACUCCCCGGUAUUCCCGCGACACAUCGCCCUGAAAUGGAGGAUCCGCACUUCUACUGUCGCUGCAACAGUUGCUCAUGCGGAGCCACCCAGCGACCACGUAGCAGCGAGCUGUGGCCUUAUAUCAACUUGGAAGACCUGUCAGACGCGAAGUCUUUGCUCGAUAUCAUCAAAGCCCGCGCCCUCAACCGUCCCGCUACGUUCACUUCAUCCGAACUCAGCUUUUCACCAUUGGCUGCACCAUCGAACAGCAACCAACUUGCGCUUCCCGGCAUAUCUUUCUCGGAUCAGGACCCCGAAACACAAGAGUACAAAGAAAAGUUGUAUGGCCGCGUUGUGGACCCAAGGGGAUCCCAAUGCGUCGCUGUCAAUGAGGUGCCGCCCAUAUAUUUCCUGGGAAUCGGCUUGCAGAUCCUUCGCAUUCAAUCUGGUCUUCUGUGGUUCCUCGUUAGCUGCUGUUUCAACAUCAUGCAUGACGUCCCCCAAGACAUGCUUAUAGCUAGCAUGAACGCGACCACAUUCGUGCCACCAAGCUUGUCAUUUCAAGAAAACGUGAGCAGUGUCCUCACAGAUGCAGGCAUGAAGGCGGCAUACUGCGCACGUGCUAUGCUGGUCACGACUGAUGAUGUCGUUGGUAGCCGGGUGCUGAAACUUUUGGGCCGAGUGAUCACAGAGGAUACAUUGGUCGACAGCUCCCACUACUAUCUGGACUGCCUCGAGACAUACUGUGAACGAGAGACCUCGGCAAGAGCCAAGCUAUCACCCUUGAUCGAGGAGUCUUUGACUAAACUGUCGAUCAGCGUUCAAUGCCUCUAUCAACUACGAGUGUCCUCCUGCUCUGCUAAAGUGAGCCCGUCUUUCGACUAUUUGGAGGAAAAUAUCGUCAUCCCUGUACAGAUCCAAGGUUUUUUGGAGACCCUUGAUGGCUGGCUGGACAUGGUAGAACAUGGUCGCAGGGAAUGGGUCGCUCCUGAUCUCGGAGAACCGAGCGAAGGAAAAUUCGACCAUCUCAGCGAAACCCUCCGCACAAAACCGGCCGUCGAAACACGCCGGAAGGCGGAACGCAACCUGGAUAGGUUUUGGAGGUCUAUCGAUAACUCUUUCCGCAAGCUCACAGGCUAUUCUCAACAUGCCACUAUUCGCAGACUUUUUGAUGAAGGUGGUCCGAUGCGAAGGACAGCUCCGUGGCAUGAUCCGGAAGAUAAUGAUGAGUUGCAAACAUCACCCAUCACGUUUCAGUAUCAGCCUAUGUCCGAGAUCUUUCAUGAUCGGAAGAAAGAAAUCACCGGAAAGUUCGAUCGUUUCGCGGUCGCAGGGAAAACCAAAGCGAAGAAACAUGGCCCGAUGAUUGUCAGGGCCAAGGAUGUGGGCGUCGAUCAGAAUGCACAAGAGCAAUCAGUGGCCGUGUCGAAACCGUUGUACCACGUUGGAAAAGACGCGUAUGUCGUAAUCAAGGCGCUUUUCCAUGUGCCAAACGACAGCGAGCCUCCAGGCAAAAUCCGCUGGGACCAGCUUGUGACUACGCUCACCAAGCUUGGGUUCGCCGUCGAGAAGCUACACGGGUCUGCGUGGCAAUUCACACCGAAGAAGCUGAACUUGCCACGCGGUAUCCAGUUCCACGAACCUCAUCCGAGCGGGGAAGUGCCAUUGGCGUUGGCCAGACGGUAUGGACGUCGACUAGCGCGUGCGUAUGGAUGGGAGGCAUCGAUGUUCAAGCAGAAGUGA